AGCCCGGAAAAGAUUCCAAACAGCACAAAAAAUAUUUAUCUCGAAAAUUCUAACACAAAAUUUCAUCAGUGAAAUGUCCGAAUUGCAAGCAUCGCUGCUUCUGAAACGGCAAUUGGCCGAGUUGCAACGCAAUCCUGUUGAGGGGUUCUCUGCUGGGCUCGUCAACGAUGUCGACUUGUUCAAAUGGGAAGUAGUCAUCAUUGGUCCGCCGGACACACUGUACGAAGGCGGUUGUUUCAAGGCUCAUCUAGUAUUUCCCAAGGAGUAUCCGUUGCGUCCACCACGCAUGAAGUUCGUCACCGAAAUCUGGCAUCCGAACAUUGACAAAUCGGGCGAUGUAUGCAUCUCUAUAUUGCACGAGCCCGGCGAUGACAAAUGGGGCUAUGAAAAGGCCGAGGAGCGUUGGCUUCCAGUGCACACAGUGGAGACCAUUCUACUCUCUGUCAUCUCCAUGCUCACCGAUCCCAAUGAUGAGUCAGCUGCCAAUGUAGACGCUGCCAAGGAGUGGCGCGAGGACCAUGCCGAAUUCAAGCGGAAGGUGGCACGCUGUGUGCGGCGCAGCCAAGAGGAGGUUUAGCCAAUGAUGCAUCACGCAGCAUCGAAAGACUGAAACAUCCAACCCAGACAAACUGAAAAAGCCAAACCACCAUCUAACACACAAUCUUGUAGCGGUCAACUUACAAAACUUCAAAGCAUUAAAACGGACACGGAAGAGACAUCUCCCUCUAUCCGCAUGAAAUUUUGCAGAUUAA